UAAUAUAUAUAUGUUUAAAAAAUUGAAAUACACUCACAACGUUGCGCUAAACACAUUAAUAUCCGAGCCUAAGUAGAACUUCAAAGUGCUGACUUUGUGUCGACUUGAAUUUUGUCCCCUCGCCUACGCCGUAGAUUUACAUCACAUGACGGCGAGCGCUUCCUUGUUCUGUUGGAUGACACCACCAUCACAGCAAUGUUUUGGAGCCACAGUAAUGUGCUAAAAAAACAUAAACGGUAACCUGUAAGUUGUAGUUUUAGCAGCUAUUUCACUUAAAACAUACUUUACCGCCAGCCAUGUCAAUACAACAGGGGGCCUGCAUGGCUCACGGUGUGGCUUUCCAGAGCAAGCUAGCCUCCAUCAUGGACACGCUCGCCCAAGCGGCCGUGUUGGAGAUAGCCAAACUGUGGGAGGACGCUUUUGCGCUCGUCCACGCCGAGCUACGCCGGAGAGACCGGGAGGUGGAAGCCUUGGAGAGGAAGCUGCUUGAAAACCAGCGACAAGCUCCGCAGAUGUUGCCAUUUGGCUCCUCCAAGAGAGACCAGCAACACAAGCCGCCGCCGCCGCCGCCGCCGCCGCCGCCCACUACUACCACCGAUGGUCCAGUUUCUGAGCCAGUGGGGUCGUCUUCAGAGCAGAGCCCUAAAGAGAAGACUGACACCUCCGCCAGUCAGAGAACAGCGGCACUGCCCCCCCAGUCCGAGGAGAACCCGAGCAUGCGGACCUGUGACAGAACCAAAGAAGACCGCCCUGUCAAGCUGGAAGAUGAGGACGACAUCAUGAUUGUGGAGCAGCUAUCGGACUGUGAGCACAGCGGCAAUCAACCCGCCGACUCUUCAGAGGACCAGGAGAACCACCAGUGGUCCUCAGUUUCUGUGGGAGACAGCGACACCACAGAGGAGUCUGACUACUUUCUGGCACCAAAUUCCCAGAAUCUUGACUCGGAAAUCCUGUUCAUCGAGAACGCCUUGGACAUUCUUGAUGGUUCUGCAGAGGCGGCCUUCUCAGAAAGCUUGAUCAUGGGAGCCAGACACGGUACUUCCAGUCAGACCAGAGGUCCUGGGACUUUAAGACAAGUACACCCGGGUCAGGGUGAGGACAGAGAAGAGUCCAUCAGAGCAUUCAGUCCACAUAACAGAGUCUUCGUCUUUAGCGACCCCAGGCUGCCCAAAAGCACGGCCAGCGGCCGCGUCAAAGAAAAGUGGUUCAUCUGCCCGUUCUGCGGCAAAAGCUUUGACCGUGUCAGCCACCUGGAGAUCCACCAGCGCAUUCACACAGGGGAGAAGCCGUACACGUGUGACACUUGCGGCAAGUGUUUCUCCCAGAGGAGCAACCUGCGUACGCACCAGCGCACGCACAAAGAGGGGUCGGCCCAAAUCUCUGCUUGACCCCCACUCUCUGAGCCUUGUAGUGGAGCAUAACUUUUAAUUCAUUACACAGCACUUUUAUUGGAACUGUGGCACAAGCUUGUGUGGGUUCUCUCCGGCCUUCUCCCACUGACCAAAAACACUUGUAUUGCGAACUACUUUUCCACUGUGCUCUCCAUAACAACAAAUUUUCUGCUCCCCACUGUUUAAAAACAAAAAAUGACAGAAAUAUUAACAUACAGUGGUACCUCGGCUUUUGUUAUUCACCCAUUCCAAAGGGUCCAAACUGUUCGAAAACGGAAUAAAUUUUUCCCAGAAGAAAUAAUGUAAAUCCAAUCAAUCCUUUACUGACUGCCACAAAUGUUAACACAAAACACAUUUUUAUAGACAAUAAUUACAUGCAGAAAACAAUGUGAAAUGCAUAUAAAUGAUGAAUGAAAUGGAUAAACAUUCUAAACAUCACUUUUACCUUUAUUGAAGACUUGUUGGCAAAGACAAAGAGCGUAGUGGGAGGAGGGGAAGGGAGAGCCACACGGACACCACCGUGUUUUGCAGUGAGUUAUUUCUUGAUUUCAAUAGUGCUGGCACUUGCAACUUUCUUUGGGUUAUUUUGCAGCUGUACCUGUAUGCAAUAAAAAAAAAAAAAAACCUUGUGGUCUAAGUGUGGUAGUUAGCAAAGGACUACAGAAGUCAACCGCUGAUGACAUACACAGGAGAUUGAACUGGGGAACAAUGAUUUCUGGGUGGGAGUUGAGAGCACAUUUUGUAACAAAGACACUUUAUGAACACAGUUGGACUCCCAUAGGGUAUUCAUAACGCCACAAGACUGAGUCACCAACGCAUGGGAUUCUUUGUUUGGGAACUCGAUUUCUCUGAAUGAUACAAGGGCAAGUUUGUUAAGCCAAUGUUUGGCCACACAAAAACCGAGACAUAUUUUUAGCAAUAAUUUUUGUCGAAAACUGAGAUAGCACUGUAUUCCUUAAAUCUACAUACAGACAUGUAUCCGAUCCUGAUGCAUACAAGUUGUUUGUGAUCAUGUGCUUCCUAACACUACAAGAACUUUGGUGUUAAUGCUGUGCUUUGAAGAAUAAACAUUCACAAGCUCAUGGUUCCAGCUGUCACUGGACAAAACCUAUCAGUAUAAAAGCAUGGUGGUCUACACCUGAGUGCAAUCAAACAAAAGGUAGAAAAGUUGUACU